CCGGCAGCCAUGCACUACCUCCCAAACCUGCGUAAGAUCAUCACCAAAAGGAAGAAACAGAAACCAGGGCGCGUCAAGCUGCACGAGCCGCUGGACUUCCAAGUGGAGAGCAGCAAGGCCUCGACCACAUCGUCGGUGGCCCCCGCAGCGGAGCUGCCGCGCCAGGUGGAUACCGUCAGUGGCAGACUCAGGCCCCGGUUGACGCGCGCGGCCGCUGCGGCAGUGGUGCCCGAGGAGCUGCGCAACUUCGCCGAGGGCUUCCCCUGGCGCCGUGCUAUGUACGGCGGCGUCGCCCUGCUUGUAAUCGUAGGCGUGUGCGGGGUGGCGCUGUUCGUGGCCUGGAACUUCCCGGUGGAACAGCCAACCUGCGGCGAGGACUGCAUGCAAUACGCCAAGCUGCUCAACGAAUCCAUGGACUGGUCGGUGGGGCCCUGCCAAGACUUCCACCGCUUCGUGUGUGGUCGCUGGAAGAACACCACCUCGGUGCGACGCAGUAUUACCGAUCGCUUCAUCGACGCAGUCGUCGACAUCUCCAGGCGUGCGGACGUCCAAGCUGUGGGACAGACGGUGGCACAGAAGGCGGCGCGGCUCUUCAAGUCGUGCUACGACAUCGUGACGCAGGACACUGACUACGUGCCGCGCAUCCGUGGAUACAUGCGCGACGCCAAGCUGCACUGGCCAAAGCACCCUUUGUCGCGUGAAAGCGACUCGGUGGACGUGUUACGAAGCAUGCUUGAACUCAGCGACAAGUGGGGGUGGCCUUGUCUGCUCGAGUUCCAGCCCGAGUUAGUCACCGAGUCCGUGUUCCAGUUCCAGAGGUACGCGAUAGCGCUUGGCACGGUAUCGUCAGCCCGCCGGACCUAUUUCGAGACGCUGUAUUCUCACUACGGCGGCGGCGUCGACGAUGGCGUCACCUUCGAAGAGAUGCUGGACUACGAGAACGAGAUCAUGCUGCCGCUGUUAUCAGUGUACUACGAACCGCGCAGGAGAUACGAGUUCCAAAAGAACUUCUCCGAUACCUCGGGAGUAUGGGAGCGAUGGACCAGUGCCAUAGAGGAAUACUACGAUCUGUCCGGAAACACGCAAAUCGCGAUCUUCACCACCAACCAGCUGUACCUCGAGGUGAUCAUCGAGCUAAUCUCGACGAAAGAGGUCAUCGUCGAGCUCGUCAUAGGCUGGCUGGCCGUCCAGUUCACCGCGCGGUUCGCCAACCGACAGCUCAUCGCGAGCUACCACAACAGCGUGGAGCAAGCCGAGCAUUUCCACCGGCGGGCCUGCCUCGGCAUUUCCGUCUCGCUCACUGGGAUCGCCCUGUUCCUGCCCUACCUGGAGCGCGUCUACACGGAACCCGUACGUGACGACACGGGGAGAAUCGCGAGGCAGGUACGCCGAACCGUGUACCAGACGCUCGAGCGCGUCACCUACCCUUGGGCCGAUCUCGACGCCGUCUUCAUGUACAUGGAAAUCUCCCGGGCGGACGACAUAGAGGCGAGGUUCUCCCACUACCCAGACAUGGAGGCCAGCUUCGUGAAGAACCUGCGGGACGUGAUCAAGGCCAGUCGUCGGACGGACCUCGAACUCAUCGGCGUGAUGUCCACGCUGUGGCUGUUUAGCGACGACCUCUUCCACCCGCGCAUUACGCGCGAGCGGCACGACUACUCCCUCAAGCCGCCCAUUCUUGUACGGCCCAUGUACCACGUGAACGCGCCUAUGCCGGUACGCCUGGGCACCUUCGGCGUCGAAGUGGCCAGGGCUACUCUCACAUCCUACGAGGAGCUUCAAUUCCAAGGUCACAGGGCAGAUGUCCUGGAACACUACCAAUUGUGCUUCGUGCGUGCAGCGGAGAAAGAGCGGAAAGAGGAGUUCAACCCCGACUGGAUCGAGAAAGUGGAGAACGCCAUGCUGUACGGCGCCGCCAUGGACGUGGCGCUCUCGUUGCUCAAGCUGGUGCCGUCCUUCGAUGAGGACCGCCUGCGCAACGUGCCACUCACGGGCCACCAGCUCUUCUACGUGGCCCACUGCUACACGCAUUGUGGCGAAAAGGACGGCCCGACGGCGUGCAACCUGCCUUUGAGGUAUAAGGAGGACUUCGCGAUCGCCUUCUCGUGUCCGACGCAGAGCGACAUGCGAUCCGAUGAACAAUGCAGAAGCUUCUGACCGGAUGCCUCGGCCGCGUUAUACAUGACCGCGCGGUGUAUAGUGCGACGUAGUGUUCAUUUUAUAAACGUAGUAAUCAUGUACCUAAAACUGCGCGUAAAACUCUUGACACGUUUCACAUAUAACGACAGCGUUAGCACGCUUGCCGAACAUGCAUAUCUCUAGUAAGGGCUGAAAUUGUUUUUCUUUUUUCCUUUCACUCCUGCUACUGGUGAUCCACAUACACAGUCAUCCGAAGCCGGGCAGCGAAGCCGGUCGGAGAAAGAAGCAACAAAGUCACCAUGAACUAAUGUACACCGUUAAGUAUGCAUAAUGAUGUAUAUCGAUCUAGAACUCGCACCUUACACCCCUUAUUUGGUAUAAGGGUGUGAGAUAUAGGCCUAUUUACACCCGCAUUUAUUUCUGAGAGUGUAAAAUAUUUUACAGUGCAGCCAACACUUGCCCAGCGCUCAUCCUUCUGUGAUCAUACUAUUCGCACGAAAGAAUUAAGGAAGGAGGGCAGAUAAACCCUUUUAUUCGGGCUCUAGUUCCUUGUGUUGGCUUACGUUUCCCGAAGUUGUUGCUGUGAAGCACAGAGUAAACUACAUGAGCCGGUGUACUUGUUUUUCUCGUGUGAAGUGCUAUUUCUUUUACGGCGUAAACUGUUAUGGGCUCAUUCCAAUAGCCGUUUCUGGUCGCGAUGAUGGCGCCGCCGCCCUGUAAUCACUAUCGCCGGAAAUGCGAAAAAAAGUACCCGCUCUCCGCCGGGAUCGCACCCAGGCCCGCAGCGUGGGAGUCGGAUAGUUUACCACUGAGCCACGCAAGUACUUGCUAUCAGGCAGAAGAAAAAUUCCCUUUAUACGCGCCCUAUAGGCCGGCGUGCAGGCGCAGACGACCCGAGUCUCCGCCAGUAUGGUUGCGCCAUCUAGUUAACGUGCCUGCAACCACCGCGUGCGACGAGAUGCGAUUCAGACGCGAUGCGAUUCAGGCAAGGCGCGCAAUCAACGCUAUCCCGAUGUUAGAUGUGUGCCACGUAUUCUGGGAACUUCUUCGGUACACGUUAUGGCGUCUCCUCGCAAGGUACGAACCGCUGCUGAAGAAGCGAAUCGUAGUGCUACGUGCGCAGCUACAACCAGGCUUGAUCGGGCUCAGCAGGAUGCUGUGCAGAGAGCAUUACAAGCCGCAGCUCGCCGUUGACGCCGACGCUGGGCGGACAGUUCAGAUUGUUAUCGUCAAAAUCGAGGCGAAGACAUUUUGCCGCGAAGACCUCGUUGUGUGGUGCCGAAAUUGGAGCUACUAUUGCGCCGCUCAACCAGCUUACGCUCUGACUGUGCUGCGCGUGCCGCGCAGGCCUGUGACUUCUUUAAAGCGAAGCUUUAUGUGGCUAGACGAAACAAAAAAAUUAACUCCCCAAGCACUCCGUACAGAUGGUUAAUCAGCGAAGCGGAGACGUGCGGCCCCGGUGUUUAUCACUGGGUUAA